CCAUAAAAUGGAGAUUGAACAUUAAUAUAAAUACCUACAUAUCCUUAGCCUAUUGUUAUCAUCCAAGUUCAUCCCUCUGAACAAGCUAUGGCGACAACACCACAUUUUUUAACUCUCCCUUCCCUCCUCCUAGCCUCGGUCGUGAUAUUCCUACUCUCAUCAAAGACAUCUGCCAUAGGUAUUAACUAUGGUACACAGGGGAACCUUCCACCGCCGCAGCAAGUGGUGGACUUCAUCAAAACAAAAACCAUUAUCGACAGUGUCAAGAUCUAUGAUGCGAAUCCUGACAUCCUCCGAGCCCUAUCAGGGACUGGAAUAGACGUCACCAUUAUGGUCCCUAAUGGUAACAUUCCAGCGUUGGCCAACGUUGAAAAUGCUCGUCAAUGGGUCGGUGCCAAUGUCUUGCCAUUUCACCAACAAACUAAGAUCAAAUACAUCUGUGUUGGGAAUGAGAUUCUUCUUACAAAAGACAAUAACUUGAUCUCAAAUCUAAUUCCGGCAAUGCAAAGUCUUCACGAAGCUUUGAAAGUUUCCGGUCUACCAGAUAUGAAGGUGACCACUCCACAUGCGUUUACGGUAGUCUAUAACCAAAAUGCACCAAGCGAGAGCAGAUUUAAUGACGAGCAAAAAGACAUUUUUGCUAAGAUCUUGGAGUUCAAUCGUCAGGCCAAAUCCCCAUUCAUGAUCAGCGCUUACCCUUAUUUUAUGGUGGACCCGAACAAUGUCAAUUACGCUAUAUUUGGUCCGUCAAAUGCUAUAACGGAUACUAAAACGGGAAAAACCUAUAACAACAUGUUCGAUGCAGUCAUGGAUGCAACUUAUUCAGCUAUGAAUGCUCUCGGCUAUGGCGAUGUAGAUAUUGCAGUAGGAGAAACCGGUUGGCCUAGCGCUUGCGACGCUGCAUGGUGCACGCCUCAAAACGCAGCAAACUACAACAUUAACAUCAUCAAGCGUUCACAAAAUAUAGGGACACCUCUUAUGCCUAAUCGCCACGUCGAUAUCUACUUAUUCGCAUUGUUCAAUGAGGAUGGUAAACCCGGUCCAACCUCUGAGAAAAAUUGGGGGCUAUUCAAACCAGAUUUUUCUCCGGUUUAUGAUGUUGGGGUCUUACGAGGUGGUGAUACAGGUCCACCGCCAAGUAGUAGUGAAAAAUGGUGCGUGGCGAAACAAGAAGCGACAAACGAACAACUACAAGCGAAUAUUGACUGGGUGUGUAGCCAAGGUAUUGAUUGUAAGAACAUCUCACCUGAUGGCAUAUGUUUUGACAACAACAACAUGAAGGCACGAUCGUCGUUCGUCAUGAACGUUUAUUACCAAAGCAAAGGUGGCUCGGAAGAGGCUUGUAAUUUCAGCGGUAGUGGUGUCGUCACUACUACCAAUCCAAGCACUAGCUCAUGCGUCAUGCAAAACGUGGAAGGCGGAUCCGUACAUGGAACUUAAUCAGUACCGUGAUUAGAACCUUUGCAGCUGUACUCAAUAAAAAAAUGUAAUGAAUUGUAUU